UAAAUAGGGGACGCCGGGGCAACGCCGGCCCAUCCCAGCCGGGCAGCGGGCUCCGCGGCGUUAUGGCCCUCGCCCGGGCGGCGGGGCGAGCAGGUGCCUCCGCGGGGCUGGCGUUGCUGUUGUUGCUGGUCUGCGCCCCGGGAGACGCCGGUUGCCGCCUCCUGACCGUGGCCGAUCUCUUCGACCGGGUGAUCCGGCACUCGGGCAGGAUCCACAGCCUCUCCACAGCGCUCUACGCCGAGCUGGAAAAACGCUUUCCUCCCCGUGACAACGAGCUGGGGAAGCCCGCUCGGAAGUGCCACACGUCGGGGAUGCUGACCCCCAACGGCAAAGAAUAUGCCCAAAAAAUCCCGAGAGAAGAACUCACUCACUUGAUACUGAAACUUUUGCAAGCCUGGAAAGAACCACUUUCCCACUUCAACCAGCAUAUUGAGCACCAUCAAGAGCUACCUGAUGACAGCCUUAGCAAAGCCAAGCAAAUCAGUAAUAUGGUACAUGAACUGAAGGCUGGAGUUGAGAAAGUAACAGAAAAGAUGCAGUCUAUGGGGAUCAUCAGCAAUUCAUUAAAUGGAAUGGCAUCAUCUGAAGCCACUGGUUUAUCAAUUAGUAAUGAAGCAAACAUGAUGAGUGACUCUGACUUUAUUCACUGUUUCAGGAGAGAUUCCAAUAAAGUACAAAGCUACUUAAAAAUUCUUAAAUGUAGGAUUAUGCCAGAAAAUAGUUGUUGAGUUGUAAUCUCUUGACAGGUAGUCUUUAGCAUGUUGUUUAUAAAGAUGAAAAAUUAGAAUAUAUAAAUUAUAACAUUUACAGUAAUUGUAAUAGGAAAGCCGUUUUGAAAUUCUUUGGCAGCUACUUGACACAGUUGACCUAUGCAGAUGAAAUAUUAAAUAAAGCAUCAUGUGUGUAUGUGUGUUAAUGCACCAGAUAAAAAGGAGUACUCUAGCAGUAGAUAAAUAAAUGUCCUUGCACAUUACACUGUGACAGACUAUAUUAUAGCUGAUUCACACAGUUUAGAUAUAUACAUAGUUGAAAGUGGAAUCCAGUUUGUUAAA